AUGAGCGCGCCCCGUGUAGGCCGCGCCUCUCUACAGGCCAAAUUGCACAUCACCACCCUUUCCAGAGGCAUAAAAAGCAAAGCGCGUCGACCAGCACAGUCAACCACCAAAACCAGCCAACCACAGAGGCAGACACCUCCUAAAUCCGAACUCCAGCGCUUCCAAGGACGCAUACGCACCGAGCAGGAAGCCACCCAGAAAAAGACCUAUCAUGGCAUCUCACCACGCGUGCUCACCUUUCUGGGUAUCACAGCCCUAACCAUCAGCACGUACACGGGCUACCUGUACGCGUCGUACACGCGCGAAGUCAGCAAAGCGCAAUCCCUCGACGUCCCCACAGACGUCUCGGAUCGGUACAAUUCUACGGCGCCCACUUUCGACGCGGAGGUUGAAUUGUCUGAGAAGGCUAUGCGCAUGGGAACCAAGCGCGCUGAGCUUGUCCGUAUGGCGCGCGGCGAUGUGCUGGAGGUUAGCUGUGGUACGGGCCGGAAUUUGGAGUACUACGAGCUCGGUGAGCGGCGCGGAGUGGACUCGGAGGGAAAGGGAGUGAUUAAGGGAUGUCGAACGCUGACUCUGGUGGAUUUGAGUCCGCAAAUGGUAGCGAUCACAGAGGAGAAGUUCCGUCAGUUGAGGCCAGAGUUUACACGGGUGCUAUUCCGUGCACAGAAUGCGGCAACGGUUCCCGUUGAAAAGCCCCUUGUGACGAAAACUAGUGAUGUCGAUACUCAAGGAGCCCGAGAAGAUCGGUACUACGAUACCAUCGUGCAGACUAUGGGAUUAUGCUCGAUGCCGGACCCCGUGGCGACGCUGCAGCAUUUGGGUUCGAUUACUGAGCCUAACCGGGGUCGCAUCUUGCUUCUCGAGCAUGGCCGGUCGUAUUAUGGCUGGUUGAAUCGGAUUUUGGAUAAUCUGGCGCCGGCACAUGCGGACCGGCAUGGGUGUUGGUGGAAUCGGGAUAUUGGGGCUAUUGUGAAGGAGAGUGGGUUGGAGAUUGUGGAGGAGAAGCGGUGGCAUUUUGGGACGACUUGGAAGUAUGUUCUACGGCCGAGGCAAGAGGGAGAUAAGAAGGCUUGA